GGUCCUAUCUGCCACACACGCGCAGUAUUGUCAUUUCCUACCGGGUUGAAAUGGCGCUGACUUUGUGGAGGCUGCGACAUUUGCAGUUGUUCUGCAAGCAAGGGCCAGCAGCUUGUCAUGUGCUUUCUCGUAAUUUUCACUUCACGGCAUAUGGAAAGAAGAAUGUGUCUGCCAAAGUAUCUGAUUCAAUUUCAACACAGUAUCCUGUAGUGGACCAUGAAUUUGAUGCAGUUGUAGUGGGUGCAGGUGGUGCAGGUUUGAGAGCUGCCUUUGGCUUGUCUGAGGCUGGGUUUAAUACAGCAUGUGUUUCCAAAUUGUUCCCGACCAGAUCUCAUACUGUUGCUGCACAAGGAGGAAUCAAUGCUGCUUUGGGAAAUAUGGAAGAUGAUAACUGGAGAUGGCAUUUCUAUGAUACUGUGAAAGGCUCUGACUGGCUAGGAGACCAGGAUGCAAUUCAUUACAUGACAGAGCAAGCCCCUGCUUCAGUUAUUGAGCUAGAGAAUUAUGGUAUGCCAUUUAGCAGGACAGAAGAUGGAAAGAUCUAUCAGCGUGCUUUUGGAGGUCAGAGCCUUAAAUUUGGGAAAGGAGGACAGGCUCACCGUUGCUGUUGUGUGGCUGAUAGGACAGGCCACUCUCUGUUACACACACUCUAUGGCCGGGUAAGAAGUUGCUUGUGGGGUUGGGAACAAAGGUCCUAAGUCAUGAUUAACAGAGUUGCUUUU